AUGAAGCCGGUCACGUCGUUGAUGCUGCUCGCAGCUUCGGCUGCCAAUGGUCUGCCUUCGAGUCCCUAUGUGCUACAUGAGUCGAGACACGCGUCAGGCAUCGGAAGACGGAGCCUGAGCGCGAAGCAUGCUCGAGCUGAUGUUGAUGCCAUAAUCCCACUCAGGAUUGGACUUACACAGACCAAUCUGGAGACGGGUUAUGACCGGUUGAUGGACGUUGCAGACCCGUCGUCGCCGAACUUUGGUAAUCAUCUGAGCCGAGAUGAGGUCAUUGAGCUCUUCGCGCCGAAAGAGGAGAGCGUUUCCUCGGUACGCAAUUGGCUUAUCCAAUCUGGAGUCAACGCGAGUCGGAUAACACACUACCAGAACAAGGGCUGGCUCGCAAUUGACAUGCCCGUCAGCGAGGCAGAGUCUCUAUUUCAAACACAGUACCAUGAGGUCGAUCACAAGGGCACAUUGCGGCUUGGGUGCGACGAGUACUACGUUCCGCAGCACGUUCAGGGACACAUCGACUACAUCAGCCCCGGUGUCAAAUUGUCUUCACCAAUGCGGAAGAGGUCCCUCUCAAGCGCUGGGAAGCGCAACCAGCCGUUCAAGGUUCUCCCGUCUCCCGACAACUGGGCGGACCCGGCGCUCAGCACAUUGCACCUCGGGGAUGACCUAUCGGGAUGUGCCAAGAACUUCACACCUCCAUGCUACCGGGCUCUCUAUGGGAUACCAGCUCACAAUCCGGCGCUUCCAGGGAACGCAGUCGGGCUAUAUGAGUCCGGAGACACGUACGCUCAAGGAGACCUCGACCUAUUCUACGCAAAGUACGCCCCGUACAUUCCUCAAGGAACAGCACCAACCCUGGCUUCCGUUGACGGCGGUGAGGCUCCAGUCCCACAAGACUCUGAGUACAAUACUGGGGAGUCUGACAUUGACAUUGACAUUGUCUCCUCUCUUGUAUACCCGCAGACGAUCACAGUGUACCAGGUCGAUGACAUUCCCAACAUCGAGUCAGGGGUUCCUGGCUUCAUGAACACGUUCCUAGACGCACUGGAUGGAUCGUACUGCAACUACAGUGCCUACGGGAUCACAGGAGACAGCCCAGGAAUCGACGCCUCAUACCCAGACUCGGCGCCUGGUGGCUACGACCAUCCCGAGAUGUGCGGCGUCUAUACCCCGACCAAGGUCAUCUCAAUAUCGUAUGGCGAGGCUGAGUAUGACCUCCCCAAGAAUUACAUGCAACGUCAAUGCGAUGAGUUCAUGAAGCUCGGCCUGCAGGGCGUAACGCUCCUGAUUGCAUCCGGAGACUACGGUGUGGCAAGCUUCCCUGGCGAUGACACCGAGAGCGGCUGUCUGUCGGGCGGUAACUUGACCGAGACAAUCUACAACCCCGACGCAGUGUCUUCAUGCCCUUACGUGAGUCUCCCUCUUCCGCCCGUCUUGCUUAUACAACAGUGCCUGACCAACUCCCAGAUCACUUCCGUCGGCGCCACGCAGCUGCAGCCCAACCAGACCAUCCAUGACCCGGAGUCGGCAAUGCAGACUGCAUUGGCACCCGCGCCGGAUCCGGCCUCGCGCUUCUCGUCCAGCGGUGGGUUCUCCAACUAUUUCACGGCCCCAGAGUACCAGAAGGACGCGCUGGCGACCUACUUCGCGGACCACGACCCGGGCCUGCCCUCGUACGUGGCCAACGCGGACGCGACCAACAUCGGCGAGGGCGGGGGCAUCUACAACCGCGCGGGCCGGGGCUGGCCGGACAUCGCGGCCAACGGGGCCAACUUCCGCGCCUUCAACAACGGCACCGACUUCCACUUCUUCGGCACGUCGCUGGCGGCGCCGCUGUGGGCCGCCGUCCUGACCCUCAUCAACCAGGAGCGCCAGGCCGCCGGCAAGACCUCCGUGGGGUUCAUUAACCCCGUGCUGUAUGCUAACCCGGAUACCUUGACCGAUAUCAAGAACGGGAGCAAUGCGAACUGCGGAAGCGGCGGCUUCCCGGCGGUGGAGGGUUGGGAUCCGGUCACGGGGCUCGGUACGCCGAGCUAUCCCAAGUUGUUGGAUCUGUGGUUGGGCUUGCCUUAA